AAAAAAUUGCCUUGCUGCAGUCACAUUAGAGCUAUAAAUUUAGACUCGCGCUUUAACUGCACGAAUUAUAAUUGCAGUCCCAAAUAUUCUGGAUUGAGAUGUUGAAAGUUCCAUCACUUUAUGACUUCCCGCCUCUCUCGGGUGAUGACCGGGCAACUGGAGGAUUUAUCGGAGGUGAACUUGUCUUCAGCGAGAGGAGAAACUUCCUGGAGGAAACCCAGCCCUAUUUCAAGUUUAUCCGGAGUUGUCCUGAGGUCAAUGUUACUCCAGAAAUUCUUGCCACUCGUGAGUCUGCACGCACCAUUGGGGCUGCUGAUUUAUUCCUCUCGGUGGAGGACAGUGCGUUCAAAAAAAUUGCGAGUACUUGGAGGGAGAAGGGAGUCGUGGAGGCUGUGAGGAUAGCCGCUGGUGAGGAUCCUGAAAGGGUUAGCAGGAUUGUCCACUGGCUGGCUAUGAGAAUUACAAAAAUCCUUGAUUUCAUCGAGAAGAAGACGUCUUCCUACGAGGGAUUGCCCUCCAUCGGCUCAGGGUCGGUGUCAGAUAUCGCAGGGACUAGGGACUGGACUACUGCUUUGAUUCGCUGUUUAGCGUGGCACCCCCACUGCACUCGACUGGCCCUAGCCUGUCGUGACGAUCGCAUUCGAAUUUACUCGAGUGAAAUUCAAGGAGUCGCUGUACUGAGACACUCAGCACAAAAAUCCGUUUGUUCUAUGAGCUGGCGACCAAAUGCUGGACGUGAAUUGGCAGCUGCUUGUGGCUCUGGUGUUCUCGUAUGGUCAGUUGAACUCGGUGCUGCCAGUAAUUCCCUGUCACAUGCAUUAUUUUUGAGACAGAGGAAUCAUGCGCCUGUUACGAGUGUCAAUUGGCAUCCACAGGGGGAUUUAUUAGUUUCCUGUUCACCAAAUGAUUUUAAUAUGAUUGUUUGGGAUGUUGCGAAGGAAGUGGGAGUGCCACUCAGGAGAGUCGGUGGGGGUGGCCUGUGCUUUAGCAAAUGGUCAAUUUGUGGCAGUAAAUUGCUCGCUGCCACCUGCGGUAAUGUUUUUCGGGUCUGGAAUACUGGUGCUGGUAAUCCAUGGUCAGUGGAGCGCUGGACAGUGCCAAAUGGGCGAGUAGCAGCUGCUUGUUUUGGACCCCAUCAAAUCCUACUAUUUGCCUCAACAGAAGAUCCACCGACACUAUUUUCCCUGCCACUUCAGGAUAAUAUAUUCAAUGUCCAGGGCGACAGUCCAGCUAAUGAUCCUAAAGCUGCUGUUCCCUUAAUUGAUCUGACGAAAGUUUCAUUCGAUGAUGAUGGAGCAGGGGUGACAGUUGGUGGGAGAGUUGUCGCCACUGAGUGGGACCCCAGUGGCCAGUACCUCGCAAUUCUUUUUCAAGAUAGUCCAGUGGUUGCAGUAUUCAAAACAGAAAUUGGAACGCUCUUUGGUUUGACUGAGGUAACACCGUCUUGCCUAGUGAAGGGAUUCCCUGGAGAAAGCCCGAAUUGCUUGCAAUUCCAGCAAAACAUCAACACAAAUGGAUUAAUCGCCUGUUUAACGAUUGCCUGGAGCAGUGGACGGGUUCAGCAAUUUCCAAUUGUCGGGGGAAAUAAAUCAGCCACUCCUACUAGAACUCCUCCUCCCCUGGACCGCAGUAUAUCAUCAUCUGAUUAUAAUCAUUACACAUUCCUGUGACCCACAUCAUUCAGAUUAAUUUCAUGCGCCAGAAUCGAUUUUUUGGAUCUUCAUGGCUUUCAAAUGGUGGGAGGAAAUAUGGAAAUAAUAAAAAUGGUGGUGCAGCAUUUCGUAGUUUUGUAUCUAAUUAUAUAAAGUCACAUGCAGAGCUCACGACUUUCUAUUUUUGUGCCACUUGACCGUACACUCAACGAUGACAAGAGAAACCUUACGUAUACCCUUUUCACGUACAAAUAUAUCGCAUUCCAUUUUUUUUAGUUUUCAUUCUGUAAUGAGUGGAAAUAGACGGCAGUUCAACGAUUGGC